UAAAAAAAAUAUUUUUUUCUUGCAAAAGAGAUAGAUAGAGAGAGAGAGACUUUUUUUUCUUCUUUUUUUUGUUUGUCAUCUCUCUAGAAGGUUCUGCUGGUUUACAACUGACUACUGGAAAUAGAAGGCUUUUACUGACACCUCCUGUCCACUGAACUAUUCUCCUGGCUCGUCAGAAAGACCCAAAUCCAUCCAGAGUGAACAUUCCAGCUCCUGGCCUCACUUCCCCAGGAAGUAACACUUAGGAGCGCAGAGACUGUGUCAAAUGAUAACAAGGCAGAGGUAGCCCUACAUACACAACUCCUCCCUCUAUUUUCACUUCACUUUGUCCUACAGUGAAGCAUACAUACACAAACUGGUUAGAAGUGCUCAGCCAUGCAGGUGAAGAUUCAGCCCUCACUAAUGAUUGGCACCUUCCUCCUCCUCUUUCUCUUCACCUCAGAGGAAGCUUAUGCAGAGUCUAUCAUAAAAAGCGUGCAACUCGUUAUUCAUCCGAGAAGUGAAGUUGAAAGAGGUACAAAUGUGUCACUGAAAUGUCAGGCAGAAGUCAGCCAUACGCUGGGGUCUCACCCCAACUAUAAAUACAAUUUCUACAAAGAUUAUCUGCUAUUAAAUACUACCCAGACCAAUUCUACGGACAGCUUCUACUCUAUACCAGAUGCCAGAGUGGCCCACUCUGGAAAAUACAAAUGUGCUGUUGUCACUGAGAAGCGAACGAAGGACAGCAGUGUCAAAGACCUGACAGUGAAAGGUCUUCAGACACCAGUCCUAAGAGUGGAUAAGCUGAAACUGAGAGAGGGAGAUGUUGUUACUGCUGUCUGUACAGCGGAGGGAGAAAUAGGUUCUUUGACAUUUUUCUUUAGUGAUGAAUCUGGAGAACUCUACAGGAUGACCACAGAGAGUCAACGAGUUGAGCACAAGCUGGCCUUCACUGAGCAAACUGUGAAUAUGUUUUGCUACUAUUCUAUUUAUGUGGGUAGCACAAUAAAACGCUCUAAUAACAGUAAUGUGAUCGGUCUUCACAUUGAAGAGCUGAAGAUCAAACCUAAUAUCAAAGUCAACCCAUCAAAAUAUGUCAUUGAAGGAGAUAGAAUAACCUUCAGCUGCAGUGUUGAUAUUUCAAAUUCAACAACCAGAAUUAUUCUUGUCCAUGGACGUACCACGCUCAGUUCGAACAUGGCACAGGAAGAGUACAGUAUGUCUGUUAAAGCAGAUGACUCUGGGGAAUAUGAGUGCAUCUCACAUCUUGGUGAAGUUGAUAAAUCCUCCACUAUAAAUAUCACUGUAAAAGAGCUUUUCUCCAUGCCUGUCCUGAGCAUUCACCCAGCUGAGGUUUUUGAAGGAGAACGUUUCAACAUCACCUGUCAAAUCCACAGUUUUGCCUCAGAGAGGAUUCAAAGGGGUGAUAUAAGCUACUCAAUACUCCGAGACAAAACACCUGUCAUAAACAGUGGCAUUGCAGGCAAAGCUUCCAAUGGGGAAUAUAUAUGUAUUGCUAAAGCCAAAGGGAUUGUCAAAGAGAGCAGAAAGGUGCUGAUUAAAGCAAAAGUUCCCGUUUCAAAGCCUGAGAUCACCGUUGAUGGUCCUGUUAUCGUGAAUAAGACAUUUUGGAUUCUUUGCAACUCUGAGAAUGGAAGUCUGCCAAUUAUCUUCUCGCUAAAGAAAAACAACACUAUCUUGAAUAGGGCUGAGGUGUCUUCCAUUAAUAAGACAGCUCGUUUCUCAGCCAUGAUAUCAACUCCUUCGGACAUCAGCAGUUACAUGUGUGAAGCAGAGAAUAAUGGCCAAGUCUCAAUCAAGAUGAGUGGCAGGCUUGAUGUAACUGUAAUAGUUCCAGUAGAGAAGCCCUUACUGACAGUCAUUCCAGUUCCAGGAAACAUUGAAGAGGGCAGUGUUCUUACCCUGAUAUGUAGCAUUCCAAGAGGGUCUCCGCCUAUCAGUUUUUGGUUUUAUGGAGGCAGUGGCAAGGGUUGGUUACGGGCUAUUUCACAUCCAGAGAUGAAGGAUCGGAUGAUGAAGUUACUAAAGAGGAGUCGUCCGAUGACAGUCUGUUUUAUGCACAGUGCGCGAACAGUUGCGCUGCGCUCGCUUUUACUACAAGUUAGCCUGGCAAUGUGGAAAAAGGCUUUGAUUGCUGUGUUCUGCAUGCUGUUGGUGGCCCUGCUGGUCCUUUUCAUCGUGAUGCGUUACAAGGCCAAGCGAGGUAAAAGAGAGAUGGCUGCUGAACUAUCAGUAAAGCCUGCAAGCCCUAAAUCAGAUGACUCUUUAACCCUGAGUCUCACCAAUGACACCCAUUAUAGCGACCACACAGUGGUGGUGAAGAACAAAGAGAGUGUUUGGAGUGAAAGACCUCCAGAUGUUGCUGACCAGGACAGCCUAGGGUCCACAAGUGAAGGUGACAUAGAGUACACAGAAGUGGUUCAUCCUCAACCUGUAGAUCCUACACGAAUUCCUCUAAGAAAAGGCACGGAUACUGUGUACAGUGAGCUUCAGACCUCUCAAGGGGCUUCUGAGCAUGUUAACCACCAAGUCCUGUUAGAAUAUGCUGAACUCAACCAUGAUCUUCCUGAACCAGUGGACUAACAGAAGUCAGUCACCUCAAACAUCCCCAUACUUCCCUCUGGAAUUCUGUAGCCUGUGUGCCAUCGAUCUUCUGUGUCCUCCACCGACAUUCUUCUAAAAACACUCAUUUAAUCAUUUAUUUCCCUUUCCUCUUAUGUGAUUGAUUGUUUGUCCUAUUUGUCACAGUACUACACUAUUGUGUAUAUAGUCGGUACUACAACCCACAUGCUUUUCACAAAGAUGUUUCGAGUUAUCACAUUUUUAAUAAAGUGAAAUGAUUCGAUUUCUCUCUGUGAAAACAUCUUGUAACUUUAAAACCUCAAUUACUUUUCUGUCCAUGAAGUUGAAACUAAGGAUCAGUUGUCUUUUUGUACACUGUGUACACUGCAUUGCAUGAUGUGAUGCAAAUUGCUACAGCAGUUAGGUGGUUAUUAGCUCACAUAAGAGAUAAAGUCAUGAUUUUAUCUUCGGGAGAAAUGCUUUCAUCUACUGACAAAAAUAAUCUAACUUUAGCAUUAGCUAAAGGAAACCAAACAAAGAAUUUCCCUUUAGGUUCCACUGGGAGAAGAUGACAAUGGCUAGUGAAUACCAGUCACACCCACAUCGCUUAGCUCUUCCAGCCUGACAUCACUAAGUGUACAUACAGUAAGCUUCACAAAUAUUUCCAUGCUUGGUGAAAUAGCAGAAACAUGAAAUGUCCCAGAUAGCAAGCUACCAUUGAAACAAUGUUAAAUAAUUGUUGAUGCUGCGUAAUGCUGGUUUCAUAUCACUUUUGCACCCACAAUUAAUGCUGAAACAAAGUUGAGAUUUCAACGGAAAAUCAAUGAUUACAUAGUUGAAUGAACAUUGUGAAGCGAUGUUGGUUUAAAAUCACUUUUGCACCUUCAAUUAAUGUUGAA